UCACAUUACGAAUUUUCCGAAGCGAUAAAUGUUCUCUGCGCGAAUUCCACAAAGCAAUGACACAAGUCCGACUGCUGAAGUCGGCCGAUCAGUGGGCUGGCUAUGUGUCUCUCACCCGGCAUGCCGAUGGUGUGCCCGAUACCGAAGGGGAUCAGAAUGUGGGCAAAGUCGAUGAUUUCUGAGAGCCAUGACAAAGGACAGAAGAGAGAAGAAGGUGGAGAACAGUUGUGUGUCACCACGGUAAGUGCCUACUGUGAGCUGCCUGUUUCGCGUAGUGCUUUGCUAUCCUUAGUUCACGCUUCCAGCCUCGCGGCCAGCACCAUUCAUCAUCUGAAGCACCCAGAAAGCAACCAACGGUAAAGCACGAGCUAGCUCAUAAACUGACGUUCAGCAUCAGCCUGCGAAUAACACCUUUCAUACCUGUUGGGAGCGUGUCUUUCUCCGGAUUAGGGCGACGUCUCUUUGUCGAUUGUCUCAGCUCAAGCUGACACGCUCCACCUUCUCCGACACAUGUGGCGUGGCAUUCGUAGACUUCGUGCUGCUGGCAGGAGGCGUGCAGAGGCGACGAGGCGACGUUGUUGCACCAGUACCAGGUCUUUUCGCAUCUCUCCAUUGUUUCCUUAUCUGAACACACGACAGAGAUUGUGCAUUGCCAGUGCGUGAGACAGAUAUUGCCAAUAGUGCGUGAGACACAUAUUGCUUGUUUCCAUUUGUACCUUCCUUGGCAUGCACAAGAUACUCAACCGGCCGAAUUGCUUGGCAUUUCAUCAGCGUCCAGAUGUCUGGCGUCUGAGACAAAACAGAGAUGGAAAUGAAAGCAACUUGUGCAAACCAUCCAGAGAGGGAGGUUGUCUGCGUCACUUUUACCCCCUUUGGUGCCAAAGUCGACGGCUGCCACGAGAAGGCUGAAGUAGGUGAGCAAGGACCUGACUCAGUCCAAACAAGCGAAAGGAGAUGCGAUUGUGUCUAUGAGAGACUGAGCGGCUUGUUUGAUACUCGUGUCAAAGGGUGUCAGUUUUGUGUCGACACAGGACUGCCAGAUAAUCAAUUGAGGACGGAAAACUACAUCUCCUGUUGUCAUGGUCGGCUCAGGGAAGAGAUCGCUAAACCUCUGCCAGUCAUCGAGCCUGCUCACGCCCACGUCGAAAUAUCCCUGCGCAAAUGAGCGAAGCUCAGAUACGAAGAGAUUGGCGAGCCAUUUCUCUUUUUUUCCAACUCACUUCUUUCGCAACUUCUGUUCCCUUUUGCGAUGCCUCUUGUUCGUCUGUCUCUUUAAUGGAGGUUGGGGCCAUGAUCCUGAGCCUCUCCUGACACCUCAGAAUAUCCUCAGGCAAUUGCGCUUGAUCUUGUGGCGUCGGACGAUAGUGCUUCAACACUAGAGAUCCCAGCGGUCCUCCUUCGGGAAGAAAAGUGGUGCUGCCUUUCGCUUGGCCAGUGCAAAGCCACUGCUUCAGAUCGCCCACGGUGCUGAAGUCGUAGUACAAUCUGAACGGGCAACCCAUGAUCAUGUCUCAUACUAUACUGAACUUCCUGAAACUGGUCGGCUGCCAUCGUGCGGCAUGAACCCUGCACAGCUUACUUGGCUUCGCCGUCUGUGUACCCGACUUUGUAUUUCUUGCUUGUGUCGCUCUUCGAAGUGAGCGUCUCGAAAUAAUAUGGGACUGUGAAUGCACAGAAGAGACAACUAGAAAUAAACUGAAACCACACUCUCUUUCUCGAGCGCACUUCUAAUCAUUCUAGGAACUUUUGCGGAGGAUUUGAUCAGCUGAGGUAUCUGGAAUGCCAGGAAAUCUAGUUCCCUACCGGCCAGCCCAUCAACACAGCUCAUAAGCCAUCCCUGUUUCUUCCGACUGCACAU